UUUCAGGUGGUAACCGUGUUCACGUGAUAAGAGAAUGAGCAGGUUUUGGAAAUGGUUCACUGGGAAAAGGAAUGAGUGCUCAGUUACUUACUCCCGAUUUGGUGUACCUGGUGACGUUUUGGACGACCGUCCACGGCCAUCAACCAUUUAUAUCGCACAGUUCGAUGAUAAUGAUCCAAGAUUUAUAUUCUUUAAACUUUGUCAUGCUCAGAGAGCUGCUGUGGCUGUUGCUGGAUUUGGUAUGUCGUCUGUUAUUCUUAUUUUUAUAUCAGCAUUCUUCGAAUUUGAUUGGUACAAUCACAAGACAGGAAUCGAUGUCAUGGCACUGGCCUUUCUUUUCUUGUACCUUGGAAUCGGCACACUUGUUCAUUAUCAAGUAAUCGCUGGCAUCAAGAAGCAGGCUCCUCAUUAUCUUUUACCAUUUAUUGUGUCAUACAUUGUUGCAAUCGACAUUGAAGUCUUAUUUACUUUUAUUCAUAUGCUGCAUAUACAAUCUCCAUCACUUGAUUAUUCUUUCAAGGCGGAAUCAAACGUUAUUUACCUAUUUUCGAUCAUUAUGUUGCUUAUUAUAAUAUUAUUUCAAGGUUUCAUGUUAAAGGCUGUAUGUCAGUGUCGCUAUUAUCUUUCCCGUAAAGAAAUACAUUUUGCUGCGUUAAAAGUCGCAGAAAGCAGUCGUACGAAAUAUCCUGGGAUUCAUAUUGUUUUCGCUUCGCCAGCAUUUGAUGUGAAUGAUCCGGUAACUAUUCCCAACGACAAUAGAGUAGCUGAUGGAGUCAUAAUCGAGCAGGGGAUUAAUUCGACAUGCUAACGUGUAUGCGUGCACUGUUGUUGCUAGUAGUUGUCCAGAAGUAUGGUGCUUAGGGACGAUGGUUUGGUCUUUGAAAUUCCUGAGACUUUUUUUUUUGUCCGUACGGCGACUUAAUGUAUCCAAUUAUUUAUCAUCCGUCUUCAUUUGUCUUUAUUUUUCAUUGUUGGUUGCAUUUUUCCAUACCGAAGAACUGGUA